AUGAAUUUACAUAAUGAUAAAGAACUCAGCGAUCUACUCGAUCUCAAUGCGGUGAAACAUCGAAGUCGUUUUCAAAAUAGUAUUAUGAAUUCAUCAUCUCGUCAUCCUCUACCGAUGUUAUGUCCAACUAUUCCUUAUCCCAGUGGUACACAUGUUCCACCUCCUUCGACAAAUCCUGAAUCAAUGUAUAGUGGUGCAAAUAAAGAUUAUUGGAAUAAUUGUGCACCAUCAACAACUUACGAUGAUAGAAUGUAUGAUGGUAAUUAUAGCAAUCGAGAUCUUCUUCAUCCAUUUAUUACAUCAGAACCAUUAAAUAAUAUUUCAUCGAAUUCUACUUCACGAACAUCUACUAAUGAUUUGACAUAUUCAGAAAAACUUGAUGAAAAAACUCGUCGAUCAACAAAUGUCUAUACAUCGGAUGAUUACAAUCCAGAAAAUGCUGGACGAUAUCCAACUGGAAAAUCAAUUUAUGGAAAUGAAUCAACAUAUUAUAUCGAUGGUCAAAAUGGUGCUUCAUGGUUACCACCACCACCAUCAACUUAUUUACCAAAUGAUCUUGCUAAUAAUCAUGGAUCCUUUACAGAUUCAACAAGUGCAUGUUUACCGUCAAUGGCAAGCUUUCGAUUUCAACAACCAACGUCAUAUACGAGUAAUGGCAAUGAACAAACAGUACAAACUGGAGAAACUCUUGGAAAAGCAUUACAAUCUAUCUAUCCAAGUGAUCAUCCCUAUUCUUCGACACCAUCAACUCCUGUCUCUCCACCACCAUUGAGUGGAUCUAGUCAAUCGUGGGUAACUGCAACACCAGUAGCUCAACCAUAUCAGAAUCAAUUACAUCCUCUUCCACCAAGAUUAGAUGUUGAUGAUUCAUUUCGUCAGCCACCAACAGAUUAUCAUCAUUAUUAUACUGGUUAUCAUCAUCCACAUUCCACUGGACCUUAUUCGGCUUUUUUAACUCAUCCAACAAAUUUACAUCCAUCAUCAACAUCCGAUACAUCAUCACGAAAUCCACAUCAUGAUCCAUACUUAACAUAUGCGAAUCCACCAUCAACAUCAUCAUCAACUUCAUCUACAGACGCAAAUACAGUUGUGAAUCCAGAUUUAAAAAUAGAAUGUAUUGAUAAAGUUAAAUUAGAUAUUGAAAAUAAACCGCCACCACCACCACCAACAACAACAACAACUGGAGGACCAUCUCAAUUAACAACAGAUAAAUUAAAUGAAUUUAAUUUACGACAACAAACAUUAACUGACAUAUCACAAGAAAAUGCAUCACCAUUAACAAUAGCUGUUGGUGGUGUUACAAAUAAUGUACAUAUUGGUCCAUCAUCAUCAUCAUCAUCAAAAUUACGAAAUUCAUUGACACUUAGUCCCAAUAGUCAAAUAAAUUUAUCAUGUAUGCGUGGUGGACCUGGUUCAGAAGGCAGUAUUGAUCCAGAUGAAACACCUGAGGAACGUGAACGACGAGAAAAAGAUCGACGAGCAGCAAAUAAUGCACGAGAAAGAUUACGUGUUCGAGACAUAAACGAUGCAUUCAAAGAACUUGGUCGAAUGUGUUCAAUUCAUAUGCGUAAUGAUAAACCUGUUACCAAAUUAGGUAUACUUCAACAAGCUGUUAAUCUUAUAACAACACUUGAACAACAAGUUCGAGAACGUAAUUUAAAUCCCAAAGCUGCAUGUUUACGACGACGUGAAGAAGAAAAAGCUGAAGAUUUAAAUGGAAAUAUGAGUUUAGGAGGACCAAUGCCGCCAACCGGUACUGGAGGUAUUAUGUCAACAGAAUCAUCUUCAAUCGAUGGUUCAAAUUUUAUGGAACAGAUGCAUCAAUCUAUUCCACCAUCAUAUUGGCAACAAUAA